AUGGAAGAUGUGGUUGAUAUUAUUGGCAUGGAGUGGACGCCUGUUUCGUCUCCGGCGACAGAGGUCGCUGAGUGGCACAAACAGGAGCAAGUUGCUUACUGGAAAUCACGGGCUUUGAGCCUCGAAUAUGAAAAUCAAAUGUUAAUUAGACACCUUCGUAAUGUUUAUGCGAAACAAACGGAGGAUUAUGCGAAUUACGUGAAGGAGCAAGGGCAGAUUGAAGAUGCUCCCGUGGAAGCCGAAACGGGGCCCGUUGGGCGAAAAAGGCGGGAAGAGAUGGACAAGUUGUAUGGAAAAAAGGCCUCGAAGAUAAUGGGAAUGGAGACGGCUGUUCAGUUGAAUUACGACCUGCAUUUGGAGGACGCUGGGAAGCUGGCGCAUUGGCCCCACACCCCUUUAAAUUUGAGAUUUGAUGCUUGA